AUGUGGAGAAGGGGGGUCGGGUACCUUGUACCCGAGUUAAACCUUGUUCUUCAAAUACUUCAUAUUUGGGCGGCCAAUCUUCCUGAUGAGAAGGAUAGAGACCAGAUCCUGCAGAAAGUCCCAUUUAUUCCAACUUCAGCCGAAUCCGAAGACUAUGCAGUCAAAGUGGUGGCAGAGAGCAAGAAUGUUAUCCUCCGAGAAGCGUAUGCCGACGAGAAGACGCUGUUUCUCAUCACGAAGCUCAAAGAGAUUUUUCUUGCUAUCGAGCAAAGAAAGGAUCAGCGCAGAUUACAGAACGAAUCGACAAAACGAAUUCCAGGUGUCAGCGGACCCUACUUACGAGGCUGGGAGCUGAUUGACAUCGCCACCUGUAAACCAUCGCCGGAGAAAGGCACGAAGCUGAAUGUUGGACCCACAGAUUCAUGGUACAAGAUUGCGCGGGACAAUGAGGACAUGAUUGUGUUCUUUUCUAAAGGAAUGGCUGAUGCCAUUAGACCCACCGCAGCAAGAGUAUGCCCAGCUUGGUAUCCACCCCCGCGGAAUCACUAUCUUCUAGCGAGCGUUCCAAGUGUGAAGAUGCUGUCAGAGAAAAAUGGCGGAUCCAGAAAAAGCAUCAGAAUGACGAAGAAGCAUUUCCUCUUCAAUGCUAAGGAUACAGAUGCAUUUGGAGUCUGUGGGGGGAACACAAGCGGAGCAUGCAGCCAUGUCCAUUCAUUGGUGUCGAAAGUUCCCAACAAGGAAGUCGUUUUGGAAGAUAGGGGUGCAAUUCUUCUGGGCAACACGACAAAUCGAAAAGUCCCAGGCACUAAUUCCCAAGCGACAGUACGAGAGAAUGCAUCAAAGAGUUUCCAGUUAUACCAUCGCCUAGUCGACAGAACGGCUUGA